AUGCCUGGAGACUCAGAUCUGCAUCAUCUUAGAGUGAAACAAUAUGGAAACCUUCCUGUUUACAUCCGAGACCCCGAUAGCAAGGUUGCUUGUGAGACGUGCACCAAAACAAACAUGGUCAUGGUCUUUGGAGAGAUCACCACCAAGGCUGAUGUAGACUAUGAGAAAAUUGUCCGUGAUACUUGCCGUGUCAUUGGAUUUGUCUCUGAUGAUGUUGGCCUGGAUGCUGACAAUUGCAAGGUCCUGGUCAACAUUGAGCAGCAAAGCCCAGAUAUUGCCCAGGGUGUUCAUGGCCACUUCACAAAGAGACCGGAGGAGAUUGGUGCCGGUGACCAAGGUCAUAUGUUUGGAUAUGCCACAGAUGAGACACCUGAGUUGAUGCCUCUGAGCCAUGUCCUUGCUACCAAACUUGGGGCUCGUCUCACUGAGGUUCGUAAGAAUGGUACAUGUCCUUGGCUAAGGCCUGAUGGUAAGACACAAGUCACUGUUGAAUACUACAAUGACAAUGGUGCCAUGGUUCCUGUUCGCGUCCACACAGUCCUCAUCUCUACCCAGCAUGACGAGACUGUCACAAAUGAUGAGAUUGCUGCUGACCUUAAGGAGCAUGUUAUUAAGCCAGUUAUCCCCGAGAAAUAUCUUGAUGAGAAGACCAUUUUCCAUCUCAAUCCAUCGGGCCGCUUUGUUAUUGGUGGUCCCCAUGGCGAUGCUGGUCUCACUGGACGGUUUAAAGAUGCUAGUGACAAGAAGAUAUUAGUUGAUAUGUUGUUCUCCCAGCAAAUACGCUCAAUCAAUUAA